AUGCCGCGUCGACAAUGGAGCUUUGAUUAUCCUCAAUUUCCUGGUAAAGAUUUUACCGAUAUUGUCACGUUGAUACCUUCUUCGACCUUGAGGCGAAAGACCUUUUAUGCAAUCAUGGUCCGCCUAACAAAAUAUAAUCUUGCUAUUUGCCUAGUGGUUGCCUGGGGUGGCUUCAGCUAUGGCUUUGGUUUCGCGAUUUUCGUGACAAGUAUCGGUCAACCAGGGUUCUACGACUACUUCAAGCUUGAUCCAACCACGGAUUACACAGCAAAUAUUCUCGGGGCAAUCAAUGCAUUGUUCAACUUUGGACUGGCAGUCGGUGCCAUUGCCCAAGGAUAUCUGGCCGAUAUUCUGGGAAGAAAAAGAGCAUUUGCACUGGCUGCGACCUGUUCCCUGAUAGGAGCUGCCCUGGUCACUGGGUCUGUUGCAAUCGGGAUGAUCAUCACCGUUCGAUUGCUCUCUGGUUUUGGCUUGGGCAUGUUAAUCUGCCUUGUCCCACUCUACCUGACCGAAGUUUCUCCUCCACAACACCGUGGUUUCCUGUCAGGAUUCACUACCCUGAGCUUCGGACUAGGUUAUGUCGUUUGUGCCUGGAUCUCGAUUGGUUGCUACUAUGCGACCAACCUUACCGUGCAGUGGAGAGUCCCGCUUGCCAUGGCAUGUGUUGGGCCACUCGCCCUUUUGAUCGGACUACCGUUCAUUCCUGAGUCUCCACGUUACCUGUCACUAAAGGGUCGAAACAGCGAAGCCUGGGAGGUCGUUCGAAAAUUGCAUCACGAUCCAUCUGAUCCAGAAGAGUCUGCGGCACAUGCAGAAUUCACACAAAUCGUGCGACAAGUUGAAUUUGACAAGGAGCAAAAAACUGGAUACAUUGAUAUCUUCAGGAAGCCAUCGUGGAGGAAGAGAGCUCUACUUGCCCUCUUUAUUCAAUUUGCUGUCCAGUCGAGCGGAAUCCUUGGUAUUGCGAACUUCUUGGUCCUCAUCUUUGGAAGCUUGGGAAUGACUGGUGUCAUGCCCCUGUUGCUCUAUGCGUGCUUCUCGACCAUCGGAACUAUAUGUGUGCUCAUCUCAAUUUUGACUGUCGACAAAAUGGGUCGCAGAACCAUGUUCCUUAUCGGAUUUCCUGCGCUCGCAGUGUGCCUCUUACUCGAAGGUGUUCUCCAGUACAAGUACCUAGGAACCGACAACAAAGCUGGUCUCGCAGCUUGUGUUGCGAUCAUCUAUCUCUAUAUCGUCUGCUUCCAGCUUGUGGACAGCGUUGCGUUCAUCUGGGUCUCCGAGAUCUUCCCUACCAAUAUCCGGGCCAAAGGAAACAGUCUUGGUUUCUUCAGCUACUUCGUCGGCGCAAUCACCUAUACCACACCAUCCGUGUUGGCAUUCAAGAACAUUAAAUACAACAUGUAUUUCCUUUACAUGGCACUGUGCAUCAUCUCCACCAUUGUGGUGUACUUCUUCAUCCCAGAAACGAAAAAGAUCCCCAUUGAGGAAAUUGGAGCCUUGUUCGGAGAUGAAGUCGUUGUACAUCUGACUGCCGAUGGACAUGGUAUUGUCGAGGAGGGUAAAGAUGUUAGGCUCGAGAUCGAGGAUGCCAGCACCGUGGUCCAUAGCCAGAAAGUCUAG